ACCGCUGCAGCGAUGAAGACCUCGCCCAGCUUCCUCCUCGUCCCGCUGCUCUUCGCCAUGGCCUGGGCCCAAUGCCCGGUGCCGGCAGAUCUGAAAACGGCCAACGGCACCAAGAUCUGCGCCCAGCUCUACACCAAGAACAGCGCCUACUACGACCAGUGCUGCGCUGGCAGCGUCCUGGUGGUGCCGCCGGACGAGGACCAGCCUUACAUGCCUUCUGCUUUCAACAACAAGGUGACCUCCCUGGUGGUGGGGCAGAGAUGUGAGCUGACCGUCUGGUCCGGCAAGGGCAAAGGGGGCAAGACCCGCAAGUUCAAGGCCGGCGCCUACCCGCGUCUCCAAGAAUACCGGAAGGGCAUCUUUGGCGACUGGGCCAAUGCCAUCUCCGCCUACUACUGCAAGUGCAGUUGAGGAGACCACGCCGGAGACCCGUGGCCCCGAGCAGCUCUUGCC